AAUAGACUUCAGUAUAGAGAAAUUUUAAAGCAUGUAGAUCAGGAAACAUCAUAAGCAACAUUGGAAAAAACAAAACCUGGGAACAAGGGUUGUCUUGAAUCUUCCUGACAACCUGUUACUACAAUGACUUCAUAUAAAUCUCUGCAGUUCCAUGCAGUUUAACCACUACCAUUCCCAGGGUGGCCUGUGUCUUCCUGUCUCAGAGGGCUGCCAGAGUAUAAGGCAUCACAUCCCUCUUUCUGUCAGUGCGAUGGAGAAAGGGGAAGGAGGAAGUGCCCUUCUCUUUUGAGGGCACCUUCUGGAAGUACCAAAUGGCACUUCUGUUGCUCACUGGCUAGCACCUGUGUCAUGCCACAGCAAUCCAGCUAUAAGGGAGUCCGGGAAUAUGCUUAGCUUGAAAUGGGGGCUUGUAAAUGAAGCGAAGAAAGAAUUUUUGGUAACAAUUAGAUGUCUCUGCAAUGUUCCCCAACAUUGUGAGAUGUGAGAAGUUGGUACCUUGGGUUAUGCUGCACCUCUCAGUGGCUUAAAACUCAAAGUUGGAUUUCUGGAUUAUGCUCCAAGUCCACUCUAGCUGAAGCCCAAGUAGAAAUUGGCAAUAAGUGUAUGGAGCAUAUACUAUGUCACAACAUAUAAAGCAAAUGGGACAAAAAUCCUUGCUACUCAUAGCCUUAAAGGAAGGGAGAUAGACAACGAGCAGAUGAGAAUAUCAGGUGAUGUACCUUGCCCACUGGCCAGAGUACUUCAUCGUUGCAGAGGCACCUGGUGGGGAGUUAAUGGGUUAUAUUAUGGGUAAAGCAGAAGGCUCGGUAGCAAGGGAAGAAUGGCAUGGGCAUGUCACAGCUCUGUCUGUUGCCCCAGAAUUUCGGCGUCUUGGUUUGGCUGCUAAACUUAUGGAAUUGUUAGAAGAGAUUUCAGAAAGAAAGGGUGGAUUUUUUGUUGAUCUUUUUGUAAGAGUAUCCAACCAAGUUGCAGUCAACAUGUACAAGCAGUUGGGCUACAGCGUAUAUAGGACAGUCAUAGAGUACUAUUCAGCCAGCAAUGGAGAGCCUGAUGAGGAUGCUUACGAUAUGAGGAAAGCACUUUCCAGGGACACAGAGAAGAAAUCCAUCAUACCUUUACCUCAUCCUGUGAGGCCAGAAGACAUUGAAUAACCAAGGGCAGUGGUUCUUAGGCAGAUGCUCCAGAGAUUUUAUGGACAAUAUGAUUUUCAUUGGAUGAUCUUGGAGCUCUAUUAGGAGAAAAGUAAUCAUUUAGGUCUUAAAGAUGUUAGGAGAAUACAGGCUAUAUAUCAUUGUUUCCAAUUAGCAAUAUCAACCUUCUGAAGCUGUUCACUGUAAUAAAACUCAAUCAGAAAGGCAGCUGGGUCAGGAGGAGACAUUCCACUCUCAUGGUUCAUAGUGUUGACUAUAAGCUAGGGAUAGUCACUUGCUCCAGCCGCCUCCUAAAUUCUGUGCCUGAGAACCACUGCUGCAAAUAUAUAUAUAUUUUUAAUCUUGUAUUGAACUGUUAAUUGAAGCUUUAAAAGCAUAUAUGAAAUUUAUAAAUCUAAGAUGUAUAAUAAAACGCAUUGACUCUA